GACGAAAGACAAUUGUAUAGUCAGUGUGUGUUGGUGACACGUAAAUUUCAAUGUUCUGGUAGUGUAACGUCACCCUACAUUAAAGCUGUUAAGGUUUCGAUAAUUUCAACUGAAUAUAUAUAUAUAUAUUUAGUGUUGUAGAUAAAUCUAAAGAAUGGGGAAUGCAUCAAUUUUUUUGUUGAUAACAACCCUUUUCAUUUUUUCGAAGAAAAUAUUAUGUAGUACUGAUAGAAAUGACCUUUAUUGUGGAGCUUGUAAAAUUAUUGCCGAAGAAAUAAAUUGGGAUAUAUCACAAGUGGAUCCCAGAAAGACUUUGGAGGUCGAGAGUUUUCGUAUUGAUUCCCAUGGAAAUCAAAGAAGCAAGAAGGUUCAAUAUGCUCGAUCAGAAACGCAUUUGGUUGAAAUUUUGGAGAAAGUCUGUGAAAGGAUGAAUAAUUAUGCUGAGUCAACUGACAAAGAAACGGGCCGUAAAAAGUAUAUUAGGACGUCUUCGCGUACUGGGGAGGCAGUUACAUUAGAAAAUAUCUCAAUGAGCGGAGACAUAGCGAAAGCUUUGAAAUUUGCGUGUGAAAGUGUAAUAGAAGAUUAUGAAGAUACGAUUGUGGAUAUCUUUAAACAAGAACGUGAAGACACGGCUGAAGAAUUCUGCCAGAGACAGACCGAUCUCUGUGCCAAUGAUACAGAUGAAGCUCGUGAUGAAUUAUAGGAUAUAAUUUUGUUUUUCCUCCGCACAUCAUUCCAUGCAUGGAAAUACGUAUCCGUAUGAAGCAGUCAACAUUUCUUUCCAUACUAAUAGUCUUUUUAAAAUAAAUGCCAAAU